CCAGUUAAACACAUAUAUGAAAAAGACGCAGACGAAAACUAACUCCGACAAGCAUAAGUACUAAAUACUACAAUAUUAUUGCACGACGAGAUGGGUAAUGACAAUAGUUGGAAAAACAAAAACAAAAAAAGAUUUAGCACAAUGGUGUAUGCUGGUUGCUUCAAUGGUGCUGAAGACGAGCGGGUUUGAUUUUGUUAUGCACUACUGCCAAAGCUGCCAUUAACAUGGACCCUGAACGGUGCAAAGACAGCACAAAGCUUUUUAAGUCUACUUUUUUUAAUGCAAUAUUGGAAUCGCACGUAACAACCCAGCAUGCUGUGCCAUGUGGUGUGCAUGCUGCCACUGCACAGUACGAAGACAGUCGAAAGAGCUUAGAAUUACGUUAUUGUGUUAAAAUUCCCCUCGAUGCUGUGCAAGCCGCUUGUGAAAUCCUUGAGAGCAUCUCGUCAAAAGUUGGAGUGGUUCAGCUGUUGGAAGAAGCUGCCACUAAGUUGAGGAAAGACUUUGAUUGCGAUUCAGGAGAGAAAGACCUUGAUCGUUACGGGUUUCUGUUUAAUCGUGCCUUUGUUGAGUCAAGGGAGAUCAUGAAGGAGAAGGAUUGUGCACUGUCUGCCCUGCUUCCUUGCUUAAGUGACAAAUUUUCUGCAUUCAUGUUGCACAAGGCAUAUUAUAUAUCCGUCUUUCUUGUCCAUGGUUUCUUUAUAUGGCACAUCUUUUUAUUACUCAAUUUUCCCAGGUGAAAGAAGAACUAGAGGAGGUGACAGGUGCCCUGGAAGCUUUUACAAAGUGCUGGCCUGCCCCUCUACAUGGUCAACAUCACAUCACAGUGGUUAGAGAUAAAUAUUUGAAAAAUCUGCUCAGCUUGUUUUGGGGUAUUCUUAAUGGCGCGAAAGAACAGGGGAACUUGGACGGUGUCACAAAGGCCAUUGGAGAUCUCCAUGGUGCCUUUUCUGCACUUUCGGAAACUAUAGAUAUAAGGUUUAUACAGCAUCUCACCGUCACUCCUCGCAUAGUUGCAAAGGUUGCUAGCUCAAUCACGGGUGUUCCAAGAAAUUUCUUUCCUGCUCCGUUCCACUUGCCGGUUGAACUCCUAGUGCAAAGAUUGUCUCGGAAACUUGUGGGUCUAGAUAAUCAACUUAGGGCCAUCAUAAAUGCAAUCUCAAUGCAUAAGCUUGGAUCACGCCCUCUGUAUUCUUUCCUCUUGUUAGGUCCUCCAGAUCAUAGGAAGACAGCACUUGCUGUGGCGCAAAAGAAAUGUUUGAUAAUAGGAAAAGAAAUGUUUGAUAAUAGGAUUGUUGAAUAUAAUGUGGCUGGUUUUACAGAAGAUGAUUUUACAGUAGAAGUUUUCUCAUGUCCGUUCUUGGUUGUUAACGAGUCAGAUGGGGCUAGCGACUCGAUGGUCCGGCUUAUUUCGAGCUGUGUGUUAGUGUUUGAUAACGUUGACAAAGCCAACACCGCACUGUUCGACUUUAUCCUGCGGAUUCUAGAGAUUGGGUCAUAUGUCGAUGCCUCUGGAAGGCAGAUUGUUUUCUCUAACACACUGAUUCUCUUCACAUCACGUGUGGAGUUUCCCAGGUGCCGCUGUGCAAGAGUUGUUUGGGAAACUUCUUUCAAGCACCCUUUCAAGGAAUUGUUAAAAAGUGUAGGGGAAGUACAACAGCCACGGUGCGAUUGCAGUUUUCAUGAAUGUCUAACUGAUGUGAGAUUUUCCGCAGAGAAGCAGUUCAAGCCUCGGUUUUUUGAUUCUCUGGGUGACGUAAUUUUGAUCCCUUGGCUAUCUCUUUCUCAGUUUAUGUCAGUUUUCAGAAUACAAGUCCGCGAUGCCGCCUCCUAUUCGAAGAAAAAGUGGUUGUCUACCCGUCUGCCGCCGUGUUUCGUUAUAUUUGGAGGAAUAAGUAUGACAAGAUGUAAGAGGUACAUACGCUUGAUUACUUGUCAGAAAGUCUCUAAAUUUGUUGUGGAGGGUCUUGUAACUAGGGAAGGUGGUCAUGUAGUUAAGCAUUUUGUGGAGGAGUUAGUUUCCAAGUUGAGCAAUGUGGAUAGCCAGUCCAUAGUAUACAUUGAUGAGUUGUUGCCCAUGACUUUAAGACGUUCAAAGUAUCCUUGGGAAAGUCGAGGAUCCUCUACCAGUUCGAAAAAGAACAUGCUAAGCAGAUAUACAAACUAA